GGCGCUUCGCCGUACCCGACGCUGUCGCGCCCCACGCCGGAAGAAUGCUGGGCCGCGCGCGACGCGCUCGCGCACCUCCACGCGGAGUACUACCGCGACUUCCUCCGCCGAACGAGCUUGGGGGCGGUCGGACCGGGCGCGGACCGCGGCGUCCCGGCGCUUCCCGCCACGCCGGCGAUCGGAGGAGGAGGCGACGCGAACGCCGCGGCCUGCGUCCUGGACUCGCUCGUCGGGACCAUCCUGUCCCAGAACACGACGGACGUGAACAGCGCGCGCGCGUUCGCGCGCCUCGCCGCGACGUUCGCGCCGUCGAGGGACGGACGCGGGCGUCUCAACUUUUGGGAGACGAUUCGCGCGGCGCCGUCGGCGGAGGUGGAGGCGGCGAUAAAGUGCGGCGGCCUCGCGGAGAUCAAGACGUCGCGGAUCAAGGUCAUCCUGAACACGCUCGUCGAAGAGCGCGGCGCGCCGUGCAUGGAGUACCUCAGGGACAUGUCCGACGACGACGUCAAGUCGGAGCUGUCGCGUUUUAAGGGCGUCGGCCCGAAGACGAUCGCGUGCGUGCUCGUGUUUUGCCUCAGGCGCUUCCCGGUGGACGCGCACGUGUGGAAGAUCGCCAUGGCGUUAGGGUGGGUCCCGAAGUCCGCGAGUCGGGACGCCGCGUACGAGCACCUGAACCGCCGCGUCCCGGACGCGUGUAAGCUCGACCUGCACGUGCUGUUGGUAGAGCACGGCAAGGCGUACAAAAAC